CAAGCAUUGGACAUCGAACAUCGAACUGGCCCGGAUGCAACGUCAUCCGGUGCCAAACUUCCAUGCAUGCAGUCUGCUCUCGGACGUCUGGGGACCUCUGGCGCUGUGCGAAGCUCCCCGCGUCUGGACGAAGCAACGGCGCUCGGCUCGGACCCUCCGGGCCGUGGAGGGAACUCGACGCGGACGGCGCGUCGUCGUGGGGAGCUUGACUGGACUCCUCGUCGGAAGAACCGCGGCACGCAGAGCGAGGGCGAGGACUCGGUUGAGCAAGGUGAAGAUUCCUUUGCAUUGGGAAGCAGGUGGCUUCUACCUUUACUUCACUUUGAGUGGUGAACGCAAAAGCAAAGAGAAUCAGAAAAGGACAGGGUUGCUUCUCCGUGAAACAUUGGCCAUGCGAAGGAUGGUUUCUGGAUUUUGUUUCUUCCAUUGUGUGAUCAUCCUCUCGUCUAUUGGCAGUUUGGUUUGUAUGGUUUUGGAGGUCCCAAAAGGGAACUUGGAAUUCCAAGGAAUUCCUGUGAUUCUAGUGACCCCUGCUGAGGGUAGAGUUCUCAGACCAUAUCAAAUUGUCUGGAGUUGUACUGAGCCUUUCAGCUACAAAUCAGUAGAGGAGAGGUUGUCAACAAUUCCGAUAUGUUGUUUACUUGGAUUGAAAUUCACUGAAUUCACUGGGGCACACGACAAGGCCUCCUUUCCCAAGGCCUCGGUCAGUCCACGAAGGCCAUGGGCGGUUUCGGAACCCGCUUGCGGACGAGGAUCUAUGCUGUCGCGGAUACAGGCUCCCCCCUUUUGUUUGGUUGCGAGGUGUCUCCGGAAGGAUUGCCCCAGCUACUGCGCGGAGGUGGGUUGCUUUGAGGGGGAAGGCAAGCCAAGUGGCGAUCCAGAUAGCUGGGAGGGCUAUGCGUCUGGAGUGGUGGAGAUUCAAUGGCGAUCAGAUGGGCAAGUGAGUUUUCCUGAAGCGGAAGAGUCCUGGUCGAUGAAGUCCAUCGGCUUCGGGGUGCAGGGCCGCGUCAUUGGCUUCGGAGGGACGGGCAAGGCGGUCUUCUUCGGACUCAUCCGCGAUCACCAAGCUGGCAUGAAACAGUCCUUCCUGGAGCAAACGCCCUUCCGCUUCCUCACCAUCGACCUCCGCGUUCCGGGCCGCGAAGUUCUCACGCUGGACACGUUCGGAACCGCGGGAAGCUCGGCGGACGAGCGAGUGCGGCUGGUGGAUCCCAGGAGAUGGGGCGACCCAGUGAAGCAUUACUGCGCCUUGGCCACGCUUCGUAUUGGGGGUCAGGUGCUUUGUGCAGAAGCAACUCGAAAGGUGCUGGUUCUCGUGGACACAGGAACCACUGGAGCCUCAAUGACUGCCCCUUUGUACGAUGCCUAUCUUCUUCUUGCGCGCGAGAAUGCCCAACGGGGCUCUUCGUGGUCAAGUGCCAGGCAGAUCGAGGUGGUCUUUGACGAUUCUAACGUGUCCUUUCAGAUGUAUGUGGGCAAGCAUCCUACGUAUGGACUUGGGCUCGACCUCGUCACGCCCAUCAAUGAGAUGGCAUGGGCACCCACCUCGGUGGCUGACAAGCCUUACGAGGAUGUGAUGCUGAUGGGUUUGGGCUUUUUAGUGGGGACGCGCAUUCAAGUGGAUACGCAGAGGGAUGAAUUGAUUGUGACACGCGAUCAGAAAAAUGGGAAAAGGCGCGGGAAAUAG